UCUACGUAAUUAAUGUUCCUCAUCCCUGGAACCAUUUUUGUGAAUCUUUUCUGGAUCCUCUCUAAUGCCUUCACAUCCUUCCUAAAGUGCCAAUUAGCAGCUGGUCAGAUUGGGGCCCCUGGGUCUGGCUGUGGUUGGGCGUGGGCUGUAACCUGGAAGGAGCUGGCAGCAGCCAGUUAAAGUGACCGCCGACACUCCCAAUGCCUGCAGCAGUUGGAGGGUCAGGUUCCCGCUCCAAGGAACCUGAUUACGACUGAUCAAGAAAAUAAAGCUAGGAUGUAUGCGAUUACAGUAUGCACAUCCUCUUAGACACUGUCAGACCCUCCUGCCAUCCUCUCCAGUCACAGAACACCACAGCCUGAGCCACCCCAGUCCACCUGGGGAUCGUCACCAGACACCCACCUUGCGCAACUCUGGAGGCCAUGGCAACCCGCUUGUUGCUCGGGCAAGGUGGAAGUUUCCGACUGCCCCCUACCACCCCUAACAGGGAUAGAAGGAGGAAACCAAACAAGCCAGGAUGGAAUCGCAGACGAGAUUGGCAGUCAUGGAAUCAUCUGAAGAAUCUAGCUGCAGUGCCACAAGUGGGUCAACGAUCUUCCCCACUCUAUCAGGGGGUCAAUGCAAUGCUGAGGAAAGUGGCAGUGGCUGCAGCAUCUAAACCACUGGUGGAGAUCAGGCAGGACGGGGACCAGUUUUACAUCAAGACCUCCACCACGGUGAGGACCACCGAGAUCAACUUUAAAAUAGGAGAGGAGUUUGAAGAGGAGACGGUGGACGGGAGAAAAUGCAAGAGUCUGCCCAACUGGGAAAGUGAGAACAAAAUUUAUUGCAAGCAAACCCUUGUUAGUGGCAGCGGACCCAAAACACACUGGACACGUGAAUUGGUCAACGACGAGCUAAUCCUGACGCUGGUUGCCAAUGAGGUCGUGUGCACGAGGGUCUACGUUAAAGAGUAACUGCACCCACACACCAUCUUAAUAUGGGGGAAACCCAUUAGCUGCAGAAUUAUCUUCUGAUCACAGUGUGCAUAAUGAUUAUUGAUACCUAAGUGAUGUUCCAAGUUUUACAUUAAUGUUGUAGUGUUUUGUUUUAAUGUCGAGAGAUCUCUUUGAUGUUUGUAAUAGCGAAGGUGUAAGUCAUCCAAGGUUUAUUUAGUGUAUCUUAUUUCACUCAGUCUUGUACACUUUUGGAUAUCUGAUGUAGAAAUGUCAAGCACCAAACUGUACCUGUGAAUUUAUCACUUAUU